AUGUCUGAAGAUUGGGCCGAUAGGACGUAUGUGUUGGAAGCUGUUAAACAACGUGGAAAUGCACUUGAAUAUGUAGAUGAAUCAUUUAAAAAAGAUAGAGAAUUUAUAUUGGAAGCUGUAAAACAUAAUGGAUGGGAACUUUUAUAUGUUGAUUCAUCAUUGAAAAAAGAUAGGGAAAUUGUAUUGGAAGCUGUUAAACAUAAUGGAUCAGCUCUCGAAUAUGCUGAUUCAUCAUUGAAAAAAGAUAGAGAAAUUGUACUGGAAGCUGUUAAACAAAAUGGAUCAGCACUUAAAUAUGCUGAUUCAUUAUUUAAAAGAGAUAGAGAAAUUGUAUUGGAAUUUGUUAAACAUAAUGGAUCAGCACUUAAAUAUGUUGAUUCUUCAUUGAAAAAAGAUAGAGAAAUUGUAUUGGAAGCUGUUAAACAAUGUGGACAUGCAGUUCAAUAUGCUGAUUUAUUCAUUGAAAAAAGAUAGAGAAAUUGUAUUGGAAGCUGUUAAACAAUGUGGACAUGCAGUUGAAUAUGCUGAUUAUUAUUCAAAAAGAUAGAGAAAUUGUAUUGGAAUCUGUUAAACAAAAUGGAUCAGCACUUGUAUAUGCUGAUUCAUCAUUUAAAAAAGAUAGAGAAAUUGUAUUGGAAGCUGUUAAACAACAUGAAUUGGCACUUGAAUAUGCUGAUUCAUCUUUACAAAGAGAUAUCGUUUUUAUAUAUUCACUUUUU